GGAAUCGCUGGGGAUUCUCUCAAUAUCGCCAUUGAUUCCGUUACAUUCUUCAGCACAGGCACAUCGACUCUUUCUCUAGAUAAGCACACCAUGGCUACACAAGGACGGUCUUUUUUACAAGUGGCAGCAACGGAGGAGGCCGCCCCGCUCCUCAGAGUCGUUCAGAUCGAAGGACUGGUUAUUUUGAAGAUAAUAAAGCAUUGCCAAGAAUUUUCUCCAGCUUUGGUUACAGGACAACUGCUUGGGUUGGACGUUGGCAGUGUUCUUGAAGUUACUAAUUGUUUUCCAUUCCCGAUCCGGGAAGAAGAUGAAGAGAUUGAAGCAGAAGGUGCUAAUUAUCAGCUAGAAAUGAUGAGGUGCUUGAGAGAAGUUAAUGUUGACAAUAACACUGUUGGAUGGUAUCAAUCAACAUUAUUCGGCUCUUUUCAAACAGUGGAACUCAUAGAGACUUUCAUGAACUAUCAGGAGAAUAUUAGGCGAUGUGUUUGUAUUGUUUAUGACCCAUCAAGAUCCAACCAAGGCGUCCUAGCUUUGAAGGCUUUGAAGCUUGCUGAUUCAUUCAUGGAUCUUUAUAAAAAUAAUAACUUCACUGGAGAGAAGUUGAGGGAGAAGAAUCUUUCAUGGGUGGAUAUCUUUGAGGAGUUCCUGUAUAUUAAGGUUUCAAAUUCUGCUCUUAUCAGUGCUUUUAUGACUGAACUGGAGACUGAUACUCCUGUCAAACAGUGUGACUAUGAUAGGUUGCAACUGUCCACCAAUCCAUUCUUAGAGAGGAAUAUGGAGUUUCUAAUCGAAUGCAUGGAUGAUUUGUCAAUGGAGCAACAAAAGUUUCAAUUCUAUUAUAGGAAUCUUUCUCGUCAACAAGCUCAGCAGCAAGCCUGGCUUCAGAAAAGAAGGACUGAAAACAUGUCACGAAAAGCUGCUGGAGAAGAACCAUUGCCCGAGGAGGAUCCUUCAAACCCGGUUUUCAAGCCUAUCCCCGAGCCUUCACGAUUGGAUAGUUUUCUCAUAACGAAUCAAAUUUCCAACUACUGCAACCAAAUUAACGGUGUUGCUGGACAAAGCUUUAGUAGACUAUAUCUGAUGAAGGCUUUGCAUGAGGAUUGAGCAAGUGCUAGCAGAAUGAAGUCUCACGUUUUUGGUAAAAAUAAAAAAUAAAAAAUCGAUGUUUUUGCUAUAUGGGUCUUCUUUAUUUAACUUUUGGUUGAUCCCUUGUGCUAUUAUCCAGACGCAUAUUAGCCAUUAGAUUGACAGGCAUGAGAAGUCAGCAUUUCCCGUAGUCAUAGAAUCGACUUUGGUUUGUAAAAGCAAGAAUUGAAACUGUUUUAUUACUUUGCAUGACAUUGUGUCACUUGGACCUGCAUCGCGUCUCCCCCUUGACCCCACCUCAUUAAGCGUGUUUCCCAUAAAAAUCCUUGAAGCCUGUGAAUUCAUUAUUAGGGACAGAUCCAUGAAACAGUUGUAACUACUGAUAUUGCACUGCUAUGGCUUUCCCUGAUUCCAGCCUGACCCGAUCAUCUCCGGUGGCAAGAGAAACUGAUAUGAAUCCGAGAGACCGGUCGUUUUGAACCAAGAUUUUGAGGCCUCUUCUUUAGAGUUCAAAGUAUUCAAUCAGAAUAACCGGAUAAUCCGGUCGUUCUGGGCCCAUGUAUAGUGAUGUUUCCUGGAUUCAUGCCUGUGAGAUGUAUAAUGUGAAAAGUGGCAGAAACUAUGGACUAAUGUGAUUACUGUAAUUUAUCUUUGUUUAUAAGGUUUGUCGACAAAAGAUAAAUUGUUUCCCUAAUUUACUUUUAACUUUCAAAUGAAAUAGUUCUCUAGUACUAGAA